AUGCCUAAAGCUAAAUCUACCAAAAAAUCUCCAACUGGUGGCAAAAGAAAACUAUCUCCAUAUAAUGCAUUUAUGAAAUCCGAACUUCCAAAAGUUAAAGCCGAAAACCCAAAUCUUGAACAUAAGGCAGCUUUCAAACUUGUUGCUGAACGAUGGAAGAAUAGUGCUGAUAACCCAAAGAAUCAAAAGGACGAGUAA